AUGGAGCCCGCCGGGCGGGGCGGCCCUGAAGAGCAGGCCUCAGGGAUGCUGGCCGUGGGGAGAGUGAAGUUCUUUGGGCAUCACCGAGGGGAGGUUAACUGCUCUGCCUUCUCCCCUGACCACCGGAUACUGCUCACAGCCUCAGAGGAUGGCUGUGUCUAUGGCUGGGAGACCAAGAGCAGGAGGCUGUUGUGGAAGAUGGCUGACCACACAGGCCCAGUGAAGUUCUGCCGCUUCUCCCCGGAUGGCCAUCUCUUUGCCAGCUCCUCCAGAGACUGCACCAUCCGCCUGUGGGAUGUGGCCAGCGCCAAGUGUGUGCAGGUGCUGCGAGGUCACCAGCGGAGCGUGGAAACUGUGAGCUUCAGCCCUGACUCAAGGCUGCUGGCAUCGGGUGGCUGGGACAAGCGGGUGAUGCUCUCUGAGGUGCAGUCUGGCUGCACACUGCGCCUCUUACCUACGCACCAGGACUGCAUCCAGAGCAGUGACUUCUCCCCCAGUGCUGACUGCCUGGCCACUGGCUCCUGGGACUCCAGUGUCUGCAUCUGGGACCUGCGGGUGGGAACCCCAACCUUUUUUCACAAGGAGCUAGAAGGUCACCGUGGCAAUGUCAGCUGCUUAUGCUACUCGGCCUCUGGCCUCCUGGCAUCUGGCUCCUGGGACAAGACUAUCUGCAUCUGGAAGCCUGAAACUAACAGCCUGCUCCUCCACCUCAAGGGCCACUCCACCUGGGUGAAGAGCUUGGCCUUCUCUCCUGAUCAGCUGCAGCUGGCCAGUGCUGGCUACUCCCGCACGGUAAAAGUCUGGGACCUCAAGACUGGAAAGCUCCUUGAGAGCCUGAAGCAAGGAUCCCUGGACGUGGCCCAUUCCUGUGUCUUCACCCCAGAUGGGAAACUCUUUGUGUCUGGAACUGCUGCUAACAUAUGACAAGUCCACUGCUUAAGUCACCCAGUCCUGCCAAGAGCACACCAGCAGGAUAGUUCUGUACCAUAGG